CGGGAGCCCGCUCAUGUCCGCCAUGUUCUGUGUGGCUCCGAGCGCGGAGCGGCCGAGAGACGCGGCGCCGCACAGGCUCUGACCCGCUCUGAGAAUGAGCUCGGCCGCCGCGCUUCCACCGCCAGGGAGUCGGUGAGCUGGACGGCGGAGAGAAGAGGAGUCGGCCGUGCGAGUAUCGGCGCGUUUCGGCCCGUUUCUGUCCGCGUUUCCUCCUCGGCGUCGUGCUGCUGUUUGCGUGAAAACACACCGUCAUGAGUAAACUCUCCUUCCGAGCCCGGGCGCUAGACGCCGCCAAACCUCUCCCGAUUUACCGCAACGGAGACAUUCCCGACCUCAAUGACUGCGUCUCCAUCAACCGGGCGGUCCCGCAGAUGCCGACCGGCAUGGAGAAAGAAGAGGAGUUGGAGCACCAUCUCCAGAGGGCUAUCUGUGCCCAGCAGGUUUUCAGGGAGAAGAAAGAGAGCAUGGUCAUCCCUGUUCCUGAGGCUGAGGGCAACAUCAACUACUAUGACCGCCUGUACAAGGGAGACUUCCGCCAGCCCAAACAACUCAUACAUAUCCAGCCGUUUGGUCUGGACAGUGAGCAGCCAGACUACGAUAUGGACUCGGAGGAUGAGACACUUCUAAACCGACUCAACCGCAAGAUGGAGCUCAAACCUCUACAGUUUGAGAUCAUGGUGGACCGACUGGAGAAAGCCAGUGCCAACCAGCUGGUCACACUGCAGGAGGCCAAGUUGCUGCUGAAUGAGGAUGACUACUUGCUCAAGUCGGUGUAUGACUAUUGGGUGAGGAAGAGGAAGAACUGCCGGGGUCCUUCGCUCAUCCCGCAGGUCAAGCAGGAGAAACGAGACGGUUCCACCAAUAACGAUGCCUACGUGGCCUUCCGGCGGCGCACAGAGAAAAUGCAGACCCGCAAGAACCGGAAGAAUGACGAGGCAUCCUAUGAGAAGAUGCUGAAGCUGAGGCGAGAAUUCAGCCGCACCGUCACUAUCCUAGAGAUGAUAAAGAAGAGGGAGAAGAGCAAGAGGGAGCUGCUCCACCUGACACUGGAGGUGGUGGAGAAGAGGUACCAGUUGGGCGACUUCUCUGGAGAUGUUCUGAGCGAAGUCUCUGUGCCUCUGGCAGAGAAAACAGUCUAUCCAGCUCCUAUAUGCCUACCAAAUGGAAAUAGGCAUAAAACAGAAAACAAGAUCAAGUCACACAAGUCUGUGCCCAAGCACCACCCGCACAACGUCACAGUCAAGGUAGAGCCUCAUUUUGACUUUGUCCGGCCCCACAAGAAGUACACGCGGAGGCCUAAGCUGGAGACACUGCGUCCCCCAAGCCGACCUGAGCGCCCACACACCGUCAACAACGCAGACAUCAAACAGUACGACUUCCACAGCUCCGGAGAGGAGGACUACCUGCUGUCUCCGUCCUCUGAGCCAGAUGAGGAGAACGACCCUGAUGGAGCCUUUGUUUUCAGACGGCGAGUUGGCUGCAGUUACCUUGCUCCUCUUUCUGAGCAGAGCAGCUCUUCUCCGGUGGGUCUGGCUGGAACUAAUGCUAUGUGGCAGCGGAACGCCCUCACGGCUCUCUCCGUUCCCCGACGCUGUGUAGGAGUGGCCCGCAGACGACUGGGCCGAGGUGGCAGGCUGCUUCUGGACCGAUCUUCAGCGGAUUUGGACCGAGCCCUCAGACAUUUGGACCCUGGUGCAUUUUGCCCAUUUGUUGCCCCCAGCGACGCCUUCCCCUUAAAUACGGACACACACAUGGACACGUGCACGAAUGCACACGAUCCCGCCCCAUUCAGGACACACCCUCAGCGCUCCCUGGCUCAGCUCCUCACAGACAUCCAGGCCUGUAGGUGGCGAUACUUCCAGACACGAUCCCUCCACCAAAACCAGAAAGAAGAAAGUGGGAAAAAAGCCCUUCAGGAGGAUGACAGGAGAGGAGGAGGACCGAUUGUGACGAGUAGUUCCAGAAACGCCGUCUUAGGUGGGAUUACAGAGGAACAGUUUCAAACCCACCAGCAGCAGUUGGCUCAGAUGCAGCAACAACAGCUGGCUCAGUUCCAGCAGCAAGGCCUUCAGCAGAACUCAGCUCUGCCCGAACACCCACACUCACAUGCCUCUAACACGGCCUCCUUGGACACCGUGUCUAAGACACUAGACUCGGCCAGCGCCCAGUUCGCUGCUUCUGCCGUGGUCAGCACCUCCAACAAAGAGAGCAAGUCCCACAGCCCUGCUGUCAACGGCAUCCUUCCGAAUUCAGGCUCCAGACAGACCAAAUUCAGCUCCUCCGGCUCUUCUUCAGCCCGGCUGUCGGGGGCCUCCUCCAAACCUCUUCCGGCCGUGCCCCAGUCGCUGCCCCACGGCCACGGGCCCCUGAGCAGCGUGAGUGCAGUGUCGCCCGCCCACACACACCACAACAGCGCCCGACCCUGCGCCCCCUCGCCUCCCGCCUUAAAGCUGGCCACCAUCGCCAGCAGCCUGGACCGCGUGCCCAAAGUCACCCCCGCCAGCGCCAUCGACAGCAUCGGCAGGGAUAAACAUGAACCAGAGAGGCUGGCUCUUAAUGGAAUAGCAGAGACCACUGUUGCCAUGGAAGUGACAUAGCCUUCCCUUCUUCCAUUCAACUCUAAGGACGCUGAUGAGAUUGUGGGACCUAUACAUGGACCUCUUGCGUGCAACAGCAUAUCAAAAUAUUAAAUUUGUGAAUAUUAUGUGUACAUUUUGUAAAAUUGGGAAUUAUCACUACCUUGUAAAAUAGUA